CUCUCUUGGUACAAAUACUUCACAUUCUUAAUGUAAAUCAUGAUUUUUUUUUUUUUUUCAAAUUCCAGUCAAAAGAAAGCUAUUGUAAUUUUGGCAUUACUGGAAUUUGCUUAAUUGAAAUGUGCUAAAUUGCUUAAGGCUUAAUUUCCUUUAUCCAAAAUAUAAUCAUAAUUAUUUUCUUUUAAUUUUAGGAUAAAUAUUCCCCAGUGAUUUUGAACGAGUUGGAGUUAUUUCUGAAUACCUGUCUUGUGCCUCACUUUUUCAUCGUCUUUGACAUUUUGGCAUCACCAUUUUCUUUAAAUGGUUUUUGUUGGUGGUGAUCCUGUCAUAUUUUUAUAGUUUCAUUAGUUUGUUUUUUAUGUUUUUUGAGGCAUCCCUUACAUAUUUUUCUUUCUCCAUAGUGCUUUACAAACUCAUCCCUCUUUUGUUAGUCAUGGCUCUUAUUUAACUUUAGUGGUUCUUCAAUUUCCUUUGGACAAGCUUUGUCUCUUGUCUCACACUUUGUUUUCGAAAUGCCAAUUUUAAUCCAGUACCCCUUUGCCAAACAUUCCAUGCUGGUCUUCUGUUCCACCACUAGUCCGAACAGAGGUGAAAAUGGAGCUGUACACAUUGUUCCCUGGGGAGCGUUUGGUGCUGCAGUGCUUGGCUCAAGACGAGACCCCGGUUGUAGGCCUAGGGGUCAUCUGGAAUAGAGACCACGCUGCAUUGCUGAAUGGAGACCGCAUGCGGGUGAACGGGGGCCAGCUGGAGAUCGGGUCAGUGGAGCCAGCAGACUCUGGGCUUUACUCCUGCACUGUCCAGAGCUUUCUGGGCAACCACUCUGCCUAUUUCAUCAUUAAUGUGACAGGUCAUGCAGUAGCGUCUUCUGAGGAUGAGGAUGACGAUGAGUCAUCGUCAGAAGAGAACAAGCCGUCAAGUAGCCAAGAGCUCUUACCGAUGGCACCUCACUGGGCUCAACCUGAAAAGAUGGAAAAAAAGCUUCAUGCCGUACCGGCCAGCAAAACGGUGAAAUUCCGAUGUCAGGCCGAGGGAAACCCAACUCCGAAACUACGCUGGUUAAAGAAUGGAAAAGAGUUCAAAAGAGACCAGCGCAUCGGGGGCUACAAGCUGCGGGAACACAUGUGGACCAUAAUCAUGGAGUCUGUGGUGCCCUCAGACAAGGGCAACUACACCUGCCUGGUGGAGAAUGAAUACGGAAGCAUCAAUCACACCUAUCAGCUGGAUGUCGUGGAGCGAUCACCUCACAGGCCCAUCCUGUAUGCUGGUCUCCCUGCAAACCGAACGGCUGUGGUUGGCAGCGACGUAGAGUUUGAAUGCAAGGUUUUCAGCGAUCCCCAGCCUCACAUCCAGUGGCUCAAACACAUAUUGGUGAACGGAAGCCAACUGGGACCUGAUGGACACCCUUACGUACGCGUCCUAAAGCACUCGGGGGUCAAUAGCUCGGACACCCAGGUGCUGACACUCUACAAUAUCACAGAAGAAGAGGGCGGCGAGUAUAUAUGCAAAGUGUCCAAUUAUAUAGGAGAAGCCAAUCAGUCAGCCUGGUUAACUGUCCUUAGACAAGCACCCACCGCUCCCUCUGCAGUCCCCAGUCAGUCCUACCUGGAGGUGUUGAUCUACUGCGUGGGAUUCUUCCUCAUCUUCCUCAUGGUAGGAAUCGCCACUAUCGUCAAAGUCCGCAGCUCCUCCAAGAAGAGCGACUUCAACAGCCAGCUGGCCGUCCAUAAGCUGGCCAAAAGCAUUCCUCUCCGCAGACAGGUGUCUGUGGAAUCUAGUUCAUCUCUGAACUCUGGUGUGAUGUUGGUCCGACCUUCACGACUCUCCUCAAGCGGGACCCCCAUGUUGUCAGGGGUCUCUGAGUACGAGCUGCCCCAGGACCCGUGCUGGGAGGUGCAUCGAGAGAGGCUAGUACUUGGGAAACCUCUGGGAGAGGGCUGCUUUGGCCAGGUGGUGAUGGGCGAAGCCAUUGGACUGGACAAAGACAAGCCCAACCGCAUAACUAAAGUCGCUGUGAAGAUGCUGAAAUCUGACGCCACUGAGAAGGACCUGUCUGACCUCAUCUCAGAGAUGGAGAUGAUGAAGAUGAUUGGAAAACACAAGAACAUCAUCAACCUGCUCGGAGCUUGUACCCAGGAUGGCCCUCUUUAUGUCAUUGUGGAAUAUGCCUCUAAAGGAAACCUGCGGGAAUACCUGCGUGCCCGCCGGCCGCAUGGCAUGGAGUACUGUUACAAUCCUGACCAGGUGCCUGUUGAAAGCAUGUCCAUUAAAGACUUGGUCUCCUGUGCCUACCAGGUGGCUCGUGGCAUGGAGUACCUGGCAUCCAAAAAGUGUAUCCAUAGAGACUUGGCAGCACGCAAUGUACUUGUAACAGAGGAUAACGUAAUGAAGAUAGCAGACUUCGGUCUGGCCCGGGACGUUCAUCACAUAGAUUACUACAAGAAGACUACAAAUGGCCGGCUGCCUGUCAAGUGGAUGGCACCUGAGGCUUUGUUUGACAGGAUUUACACACAUCAAAGUGACGUGUGGUCUUUUGGGGUCCUUCUGUGGGAGAUCUUCACUCUGGGGGGCUCGCCGUAUCCCGGAGUCCCUGUGGAAGAGCUCUUCAAGCUUCUGCGAGAAGGUCAUCGCAUGGACAGACCCUCAGCCUGCACUCAGGAGCUAUACCUGAUGAUGAAAGACUGCUGGCAUGCGGUUCCCACACAGAGGCCAACUUUUAAACAGCUGGUAGAAGACCUUGAUCGCACCCUGUCCAUGAUAUCCAAUCAGGAGUAUCUGGACCUCUCUGUGCCCCUGGAGCCCAUGUACUCUCAGGUCAUCCUGAAUGAAAGAAGUUCCACCUGCUCCUCCGAGCCGGACUCAGUCUUCUUAAGAGAUUCUGGACCUGAAGAACCCUGCAUCCCCCCAACAGUUCCCCCACAACAAACUGUUCGGUCCUUCAAAAAACGCUGAAAGUAGAGGAUCUCUAUUUUUCUGCUUCCUUUGACUCAUAAACUCUGCAGGCUCAGAGACUGAGGAGUUCAGCCUGGGCCGUUCUAGCACAGAAACGCAAGCAGGGGGAAACGUUUCAAACCAGCAGACUCGCAAAGUCAAGACUGAUCAAAACAGAGAGGCUUGUGUGGGAAACGACCAAACUUUUUGCCCACCAAUUGUCCUUCAGAGGGAUCGAUCCUCACAAAUAAGAUGUUCAAAAAGCAUCACAUAAGGAAAGAAUGCUUGUAAUCGCCAACAAAGUCAAUGGGUUGGACAAGUGUGCUGGCUUUAUAAAUGCGGUUAAAUUGUACAAAUAUGAAAUUAUAUAAACACUAUUGUUUUAUAUUACUAUUAUAAUUAUUAUUAUUUUUGUAUGAGCUUGUUUAUGCCUUUUUUUUGUUCAAGAAACAUGACCGCAACACCGUUGGGGUUCUGGAUAGCCCCGCCCACAAUGAAAUCUCAUUGGUCCAAAAUCAUGCUACUCAUAAAAUUGUAAAAGUGUGUAAUUUAAGAAUGUUCAGAUACUUUUUUUGUAAGUUGGUUUCCUUGGAAAGUCUAGCUUGACAUAGGAACAUUGGCUACAUCAACCAAUAGCUUGAAUUGGGGGCGGGACUAUCUGGUUGUUCAACCAAUGGCAGAUGAAGUGAAUGUUUAGGAAACCUGUUUGAAAAUAGUUAUUUUAUAGUAAUUUUUGCCGUUUGGCAAUGCUAGUCGUGCAGAAAUUACACACUUCACCUUUUAAACGUCAAAUAUGUUCUGACUGACCGUGAUUGUGUUAUGUCACAGCAUUUUCUCUUUCAAUGUGGAAAAAUUAACUUAUGGUUACAAAUUUAAUGUAGCGCCUGGUUAGAUGAUGGUGUCACACAGAUUUAUGUUUAAAUAAGCUACAAAUGAAAUCUGUUACUCAUCGCUUGCUGUUGUGGUCUUAAAGUGCGAUUACCAUUUGUUUGGUGUCCUGCAACACUAAAUUCCAGUAGUGUGAAUGAAUGUUUAGUAACUAUUAAUAUGAAACAGCUGGAAUAUGUAUGUCUGUUUAGCGUCAGCAUGGUGAUUGACAAUCUGUUUGCACCAGUUUCAAAGCAUAGCAUGUCUACAUUAUUUUAAGCUAGACUCUCAAAUGACAGGGUUUAUAUGACAGGACUGGCAACUUGUUGUGAGGAAUGGUGUAAAUUAGUUCUCAGAAAAAGUUUUGAUGCUUGUGUGAUUAUGUAUGUCCUGAUGUGAAUUUUAAGGCAGUGGCCAUGCACUUAUAUUCAGGCUGUCAAUAAGCUGACUGAUAUUGCCUUUCCUGUGGGAAUAUAAAUAAAAAAAAAAUGUUAUAUAUAAAAUUAAAA